UAAUAGUCCAGCUCAACAUAUUCACAGUAAAUUCUGUUUUUAUUUAUGUCUCUCAUUUUCAGUAAAGCAACUGAUUCGACUCUUUCAAUUGGCUCUUUUAGGUGAGUCGGCUCAUACUUCUAAAGAGCCGUUUUCGACUGUUUUCAUUGGUGGGGGGAAGAAAAGGCGCGUGAGGAGUUGAGUCAUUUGAGUCUAAAGAUUGCUGAGUCGACUCGUCGGAUUCACUGAAAAGAACCGUUAAUUCCUUGUGAAAUGUACUCGCGUGCGCGCGAAAAGGUGGGCUUGUCCGCGCGUGCAAUUUUAUAAAAAGCUCUCGCGCUCUAAGAUUCCCCUAGUCUAAACAAGUCGUUUAGCUGAAUUUUUAAAAUAAUAAUAAUAAUAAAAAAAUGAGUUCAGGUGUUCAUGAUAUGAGUUUGGAUUCUCUUUAUCAGCAGAUUUUGCUCACUGAGCAACAGGGGUCCAAGAACUCUCGGCAGCUCCAUGAAGUAAAAUCAGCCAUCACCAAGGCAGAGGAGCAAAUCAAGUCCUUUACUGAAAAGCUGGAGCAUGCGCAUACUGAACUGGACGAGAAGGCUCGGCUGGAAUCUGAAACGACUCUGCAGCUGCAUUUGAUCAAGAGACAACAACGAGAAAUCCAGAAGAAGAAAGAGGACUUGCUCGAGCGACAGAAAGGGCUCAGACAGGACAGGGAGCGAAUGAACAGAGAGGCAGCUGAGGAGAAAGAGAAGUUCAUGACGGCGAUCAGAACCUUCAACAGCGACUUUAACCUGCUGACAAAGAGGGACGCCGUGUUCCAGAGUCAGACCCGAUCUGAAAUACAGAGUCUCCAGUUGGAAGCUGAGGCACUAACCAAAGAGAUGGAGAGGAUGAAGCAAGAAAACUCCCAGCUGAUCUCUUUGCAAACAGAGCGGGAGUCUUUAUCAGCAGAGCUCCAGGGGCUGCACUCGCAUCUAGCAGAUUUGGAGAGGGAGCUGGAGGAGGCAGCGGCUCUCACAGACUCCCUGAAGACUGAAAGGGAAGCGGCCGUUCAGAAACCUCAGACAGACAGCACCUGCCUCAGACUGAAGAAAGAGCUAGAGGCACAUAAGGAGCUGGAGAUGCUGCAUGAGGCGCUCAGCGCGGAGAUUCAGUUCUUACAUUCGGUAAUUGUAAUUAUAAAAGAAAUACAGUGAGGCACCAGUUUUAUGUCAUCGUAACAGUUUUUAAACACAUCAUGGCAGAUGAAAUCAUCUUUGACAUCUUGAUAUGGUUAUUUAUAAAAAUUAAAAAAACAACAACAACCUGGCAAUGUU